UCCUUACGGAGAGGAGCGGUUGUGGUGCGUAGGUCGACCGCGUAGCGUCUCCUAGAAUAAAUCUGCCCUAUCUUGGGGAAGAGAGAGAGAUGCCUGUUUGGAAACAAACUGGGAAAUGCGAAAAAAUGUUGGGGAGCAACGGGAAAUAAGAGAGCUUGAGUUCCUUUUGACUUGCCAUUCUCAGCUUCCUCAUGCCUCCAUCUCCACUAGACGACAGGGUAGUAGUGGCACUCUCCAGGCCCGUCCGACCUCAGGAUCUCAACCUUUGCUUAGAUUCCAGCUAUCUGGAUUCUGCCUCUUCUGCCAGCGAGAGCCACGUGAGUCUCCUCAGCACAGCUGUUGUGUCCCUCAAGGCUGCGAAUCUGACGUAUAUGCCCUCAUCCAACGGCUCUGCUCGCUCCUUGAGUUGUGGAUGCAGCAGUGCCAGUUGCUGCACUGUGGCAACGUACGACAAAGACAAUCAGGCCCAGACUCAAGCCAGCACCAGCAGCACUUCUGCCAACGUAGGAACCUCGACCACGUGCCCUGCUAACCAAAUGGUCAACAACAAUGAGAACUCUGGCCCGUUGAGUCCCUCCAGCGGCGUGGGGAGCCCUGUCUCGGGCCCAACCAAGCAGUUGCCUAGUGUCAAAAUCAUCUAUCCCAAUGAACUGGCAAAGAAGAUGACCAAAUGCAGCAAGACCCACCAAGGGCCGGUCAUCAUCGAUUGCCGGCCCUUCAUGGAAUACAACAAGAGCCACAUCCAAGGAGCUGUCCACAUCAAUUGCUCUGACAAGAUCAGCCGGCGAAGGCUUCAGCAGGGCAAGAUUACCGUCUUGGACUUGAUCUCUUGCCGGGAAGGCAAGGAUUCCUUCAAGAGGAUCUUUUCCAAAGAAAUAGUUGUUUAUGACGAGAAUACCAAUGAGCCAAGCAGAGUCAUACCUUCGCAGCCAUUGCACAUAGUGCUGGAGUCUCUCAAGCGAGAAGGCAAGGAGCCACUGGUUCUCAAAGGUGGACUCAGCAGUUUUAAACAGAACCACGAAAACCUCUGUGACAACUCCCUCCAACUCCAAGAGUGCCCCGAAGGCGGAGGAGGGGGCGGUGCUGCUGCCGCGGUGACCUGCACGCUACCUCAGUCCAUCCCGACCACCCCAGACAUUGAGAACGCCGAGCUCACGCCCAUCUUGCCCUUCUUGUUUCUUGGCAAUGAGCACGACGCUCAGGACUUGGAGAAGAUGCAGCGGCUGAACAUCGGCUACGUCAUCAACGUCACCACUCACCUCCCUCUCUACCAUUACGAGAAAGGCUUGCUCAACUACAAGCGGCUGCCGGCCACAGACAGCAACAAGCAGAAUCUCAGGCAGUACUUCGAAGAGGCUUUCGAAUUCAUUGAGGAAGCUCACCAGUGUGGAAAAGGCCUCCUCAUCCACUGCCAGGCCGGUGUGUCCCGCUCUGCCACCAUUGUCAUCGCUUACCUUAUGAAGCACACGCGGAUGACCAUGACUGAUGCCUAUAAGUUUGUCAAAGGCAAGCGACCAAUCAUUUCUCCUAAUCUUAAUUUUAUGGGGCAGUUAUUGGAGUUUGAGGAAGAUCUGAACAACGGAGUCACGCCGCGAAUUCUCACGCCAAAGCUGAUUGGGGUAGAGACUGUCGUGUGAUGGCAAAGAAGCAUGUGACUAAAAAAAGAUGUUCGUAUUCUUCACUUGUCAUGGACUUGGAAGGCUUGGAUUUCCCCCAUAUUUUUUUCCUUUUUAGCUUUAUUGAGAAGGGUUUAUUAUAAGACAAAACUUUGGACAGGAACCUUUUUGAAGAAAAGGUUUUAAAAAUACAAGGACUUCACAAGCGUUGGGCAAGAUACCUUUGGAAGUCCCUUCUUGAAAAGUGGAUGAUGUGGGGAUGCUUUGAAGAAACCAGUUUUAAAAGUCUCCAUGCGUGUAAGAGAGAAACUGGACACUAUAUAUUUUUUUCUUCCCUUUUUUGUUAUUCAGCUACUUGUAGAGAUUAUGACUAAAUAGUCUGUGCAGGUUCAUAGACCGAAGACAGCUAUGUUUCUUUCCCAAAAUAAAAUACAACCAGCCAAAAUAAAAAAGCGAAAAGACAACUAAAAUCCACGGGCGGCCUUGAGUUUGCAAAGGCUUUGCUAAAGAAACCCUAAGCAAAAUGCUUGCUGGUGCAAAGAAGAUCAGAGCAGCUUAAAACUAUCUGCAAAUCCCUUCUCGCCCUCUUGACUAGAGAAAAUCUUUUUAUUUGCUGUGUUUCAUCUUCUGGUACUAUUUUUCUAUUUGGGGGUUGGGGGUAGGCUAACACCAAGGGACUUGACCAUUUUACGCCAUAUGCCUUUACUGGCUUCUUGUGCAAUAAUAGUUUUGAGUAAUGGAAAGAGUUCUUUAUUUUGAGUGUUCAAACCAGUUACAGCUGGCUGCCCAUUAAUAAUAUUAAUAAUAUUUUUAAAUAGCAUAAAGGUGGCUGGCUUGAUUUAGAAGAAGGUAUACAACAACAACAAAAGCAAUUAUUUUUUUCCCUUUUUCAGAUUCUGGUUAUAGUGCCAUACACCUUGUUAAAUAUGUAUAUCAGAAUGUACAAAGAUCAAGAACAAGCAAAGUUUAUUUAAAAUAUUUUUUCGCACAAAAUACUGGUGUGUUUUUCUGUUCAUGUAAAAAGUUUGAUUAUAAAAAUGAAAACUGUUUUAGAAA